AUGGGCAGCAAGGAAGAUGCAGGCAAGGGGUGUCCGGCGGCCGGCGGCGUCUCCAGCUUCACCAUUCAGUCCAUCCUGGGCGGGGGCCCCUCGGAGGUGCCACGAGAGCCCGCCGGCUGGCCGGCCAGGAAGCGCAGCCUGUCCGUGUCCUCGGAGGAGGAGGAGCCGGACGACGGCUGGAAGGCACCUGCCUGCUUCUGCCCAGACCCGCACGGCCCCAAGGAGCCGGGCCCCAAGCAUCACCCCCCCAUCCCCUUUCCUUGCCUGGGUACCCCCAAGGGCAGCGGAGGCGCGGGGCCGACGAGCUCGGAGCGCACGCCUUUCCUCUCCCCGUCACACCCGGACUUUAAGGAAGAAAAAGAGCGGCUGCUGCCCGCGGGCUCGCCGUCGCCGGGGCCCGAGCGGCCGCGGGACGGCGGCGCCGAGCGGCAGGCGGGCGCCAAGAAGAAGACGCGCACGGUCUUCUCGCGCAGCCAGGUGUACCAGCUCGAGUCCACCUUCGACAUGAAGCGCUACCUGAGCAGCUCGGAGCGCGCCUGCCUCGCCUCCAGCCUGCAGCUCACCGAGACCCAGGUCAAGACUUGGUUCCAGAACCGCCGCAACAAGUGGAAGCGGCAGCUCUCGGCCGAGCUGGAGGCGGCCAACAUGGCGCACGCGUCGGCGCAGACUCUGGUGGGAAUGCCGCUGGUGUUCCGGGACAGCUCGCUGCUGCGCGUGCCGGUGCCGCGCUCGCUCGCCUUCCCCGCGCCGCUCUACUACCCCGGCAGCAACCUCUCGGCCUUACCUCUCUACAACCUCUACAACAAGCUCGACUACUGA